GUGACCGCGGCCGCUUCCGGCGAGGGAGGAUGUGGCCGGCGUGCGCUGCGCUCCGGGCCCGGGCUCCGGCCUGGGCCUUGGUGGGGUUGAGGGGAGGUCGGGCCUACGGCGGAGGUGGAGGCGCCACCUACACGCAGGGCCAGAGCCCCGAGCCCCGGACCCGCGAGUACUUCUACUACGUGGACCACCAGGGCCAGCUUUUCCUGGAUGAUUCCAGAAUGAAGAAUUUCAUCACCUGCUUCAAAGACCCGCAGUUCCUGGUCACUUUCUUCUCCCGCCUGAGGCCCAACCGCAGCGGGCGCUACGAGGCCGCCUUCCCCUUCCUCUCGCCGUGCGGAAGAGAGCGCAACUUCCUGCGCUGUGAGGACCGGCCCGUGGUCUUCACGCACCUGCUGGCCGCGGACCCCGGGCCCCCGCGCCUCUCCUACUGCGGCGGCGGCGCGGCCCUGACCGUGCCCUUCGAGCCGGCGCGCCUGCUGCCCCUGGCGGCCAACGGGCGCCUGUACCACCCGGCCCCGGAGCGCGCGGGCGGCGUGGGCCUGGUGCGCUCGGCUCUGGCGUUCGAGCUCAGCGCUUGCUUCGAGUGCGAGCCCGGCGCCCCGGCGCUGCCCGCGUACGUGCGCUGGCGAGGCCGCCGCUUCGCCCUCACCAUGGACCUGGCGCCGCUGCUGCUCGCGACCCCCGCAGCCCUGAGGCUCGGGCGGGAGCCCCCGCCCCCCGCUCGCCGGCCCAGCGCGCGUGCGCGCCGAGGCCCCGCCCGGCCUGCGCUGUCCGAGGUGCUGCCGCGGCCCGGCCCUGGCCCCUGGUCCCAGCCGCGGGUCCUCUCCGCACCCCUCGCGCCGCAGACCGCGGGGUGUCCUCGGGAUUGGCCCGCGCUGGCGACGUCAGGCCCGGGCCGCGGGCGCAGGCUGCGCGGAGCUCCGGCGCGCGUGCGCGCCCGCCCCCAACACAGCCGCGGCUCAGGCCUGGCCGCCGCGGGCCCAGCGGGGAGCGGCUCGCCGCCGGGGCGUCAGGUGAGGGGGCGCGCGGCCCAAGGUCAUCGGCCUGGGGAGGUGGGGGUGCCCCGCAGGGCCUGGCGGAGGGAGGGGGCGUGGAGACCGUACCCCUACCCGGGACCCAGCGGCGCCCGAGGGGCGGGCGGGGCGGUGUGCGGGACGUGGGCACCGAGUCCUAGGGCUGCCCGGAGACUUGGCCGGAGGCCUGCGCUGUGCCUGAAGAACGACACAGGGCUCCCACAGCACAGAUGGGCACCCGUGGCCCAGCCUCCCCCUUCCCACUCCCGCCCAGCAGGACCCUUAGAGGAUUUCUGCGCCAGCCCCUGAUGUGCGCCUGAGGGUCCCUGUGAGCAGCAGCCCUGAGGGGGAAAGGAUUUGCGGUCUAGUUUGGGUGGGUGGGCAAGGCCUACAGCCCUGGGCCAGUUCAUCCUGCUCAUGUAAUUAACCGCAGGGACCCAUUGAAUGCCCCCAUCUUUUGGGGGCUCACGCACAUUUUGAGACACCUGGGAAAUGCCUCAGCCUUGGCCAAAGCUAUUCUAUUAAAACUUUAUUGCGGUAUUACCUCA